UUAUAGUACGUAUUGUUCUGCCUAUAUCGUUGGGAAAAGAAGAACCAAGAAAAAGCCUUAACGUUGCCCGUUCUGCGAUUUGAGUCUCCAGUGCCUUGAGGUUGUGUAAGGCGAGAGUGAAGUUGAGAUAUUUAAGACACCCUCAAAAAAUGGCUUCCGUGGUCUGGCAAGACACCUUGAGCCUUCCACUGGAUAUCCAGCAGAUGGACACAGAGAUCGACUUCGACGAGAUCGCGAGGCUGGCCACCAGUAUUGUGAACUUUGACAUAUCUUGCCCGCAGCCCGCCGGCCAGGAGGUGAACCUUGACGAGCUGGUGAGCCAGGCCAUCAGCGGGGACACCCUCUUUGACAGCACCAAGCUUAGUGGGGACAACGACGUGGGGGUGGGGCCGCAGCCUGCCAGCCAGGAGGUGAACCUUGACGAGCUGGUGAACCAGGCCAUCAGCGGGGACACCCUCUUUGACAGCACCAAGCUUAGUGGGGACAACGGGGUGGGGGUGGGGCCGCAGGAAUACAGUCGAAAUCGGCGCACGGACGAACUCCUCACACUCCUGCCCCAGGAUAACUUUUCCAGUCUCGACGUUCAGCCCGCCUCUCCGGAAUUCCUGUUCCUGCAGCCCGCCGUCCCCGAGCCUUUCUUGCAGCAGACCCCUAGCCUAGUGCCUGACCCCAUGCAAGCCGCCGACACCAAGCCUGCCUCCCCUGAGAUCCUGUUCCUGCAGUCCACCAUUCCAGAACCUUUCUUGCAGCAGACCGCAGCAGCCAUCUCCCAGCAGACCCUCAGCCCAGCAGCCAUCUCCCAGCAGACCCUCAGCCCAGCAGCCAUCUCCCAGCAGACCCUCAGCCCAGCAGCCAUCUCCCAGCAGACCCUCAGCCCUGCAGCCAUCUCUCAGCAGGCCCUCAGCCCUGCAGCCGACCCCCAGCAGGCCCUCGACCUUGAGCCCUGCAACAUCCAGCAACUAGACCUGCCCCAGCUGUCUGCCAGCCAAACUUCCCUGGCUGCCUCCCCUGCCAGCUCGUGUGUGAUGUCCUCCUCAUCCAUGUGGCAGCAGAAGCAGGAUGAGGGAGUGGCCUUGCCUGCCCCUCUGCAGGCCGUUGACGCCCCUAAGAAGCGUGGGCGUAAGAUCAAGAACCCCGAUGGCAUGGCCCUCAGUCGCAGGCAGUCCAAGAGGCCCAAGGUGUAUGAGAUGGCUCCAUUGCCUGAUGAGGAGAUGGAAAAGAAGCGGAAGAACGCAGUGAAUGCCAAGAGACAUCGCGACAUGCAGAAGGCGAAAAAGCAGCAGCUGUCUGAGAAACUGGCCCAGGCCACAGCUGAGCGUGACCUACUGCUGAUGAUGGUGAAUAAGUUCAAGGAGCGUGAACAGCAGUUGCUACAGGUGCUGAACAUGCACAAUGUAAAGAUUGAUGGGCUGCCCCACACACUAAAUGGCCUGUGAAGACUUUGGCAGCAGCAGCCUAGCAAAUAAUGACCCAGAGAGCUUUGGCAAGCACUGGGACAAUAGCAGCAGCACAGCUCAGCUCAGCAGCAGCAGCAGCAGCGCUCAGCUCAGUAGCAGCAGCACAGCUCAGCUCAGCAGCAGCAGCACAGCUCAGCAGCAAUGACUCCUGCCUGACGGUCGUCACCACAGAAGGCCCCCAAAUCAGUGCCUUGCCCUUCUCCACUACCCACUCACCUAGAGGAAGAAGGCUUUGUGUGCCCUCUUUUCUCACCACACUUACACCUUCUAAUAGAUACACUCACACCCUCACAACUGCACACACCUUCCACACUUCCCUGCACCCUGCAAGCCCCAGACAGCUUGCACUACUGUCUAAAUGAAACUGAUGUGACAUUAUGUUGACCUUUGCUUUCCAGGAGCAGAAAUUAAUGUAAACCUUUAUUCCAUCCUUCCAGCUCAGAGUGUGGACAACAUUGAAGCGGAAGCAAGCCUCGGCAGGAAUGUGAGUGUUAAGCCACCAGGCUGCCCGCUGUCACCCUUUACUGCUGUGGCUGCUUGUACACUUCAUAGCCGGGAGACUCACCGAGGAGGAGCCCAUGGUGGCAUAACCUGUCAGUUGCUGAGGAGAGAGAUGCAGCAGCAUGUCAACCAUAUUUUUUAUUUCAGGUAACAGAGUGGCAGUCCCAGCUUGCAAGCCCCACACAACUUUUAGAUAGACAGGCCCAAAAGUGACCCCCACAUAGCUUACUCUGCUGUCAGAUUAGAUAAUGAUGUGACAUUAUCCUAACCCUUAUUUGCCUUCCACCAGCAGACAUUAAUGCAGACCUUUAUUCUUCAGGUCCGUGUAGACAGCAGUGAAGCAACAGCAGGCACCAGCCAGUCUGCCUGCUGCCCUCUCUGUUGCCACCCUGCAUGGAAGAGGAAGAUUUAGCAGCAGCUCUUAACCAUCUUCCCCUUUGCAGGUGGUAGGUAGGUAGGUACCAGUUUUAAUCUUGAUAUGCAUAUCUUUUACCUCUGUUUCUACUAACUAAAUACUCUGUUAAUGCAAAUCCACUACUUUCUGUACAUCUUUUGUGCUUACUAUGUACUGACUUGGCUGUUGUGUGUGUGUGUGUGUGUGGUCCUCUUUGGACAGGGCAAACUGUUAGUGUUUUCCUCAGACUAAUCUGCUUCCUUUUCCAUUCCUUCCCCCCAUCAUUGCUGUUUGUUACGGAAUGAGGGGUUUUCUUGUGUGUAUUUACCUAGUUGUGACAUAUGAGAGAAGAGCUAUGCUCGUGCUGUCCUGUCUCCUAUCCACUCUUGUCCAACUUUUCCUUAAAUUCAUGAAUGUUUCUUGCACAAACCACCACCUCCUUCAGUCUAUUCCAUUGCUCAGUGCUUCUGUUUGGGAAGCUAAACUUUUUCACAUCUCUCCUACAAGUGGUCGCCCUCAGCUUCUUUCCAUGUCCUCUUGUUUCUCUCUCAUUUCACACACACAGGUCCUCUCUGUCCAAAUGCUCCACUCCGUUCGCCACCCUGCACGCCGCUAUCAGAUCUUUCUCUUCUUCAGGGUUGUGAGCCCCAUGCUAUUGAGACUCUCCUCAUAAGUCCGAUCUCGAAGUUCUGGUACCAUCUUAGUUGCCACUCUCUGCACUCUUUCCAGCUUCCUUAUGUUCUUUUUGUGAGGAGACCAGACCACUGCUGCAUACUCUAACCUUGGCCUUAUCAUUGUGACUAUUAUUUUCUUCAUCUCCUCACCCAAGUUUACAAAUGCCGUCCUUAUGUUCCUCACCAAAUUCAGAGUUUGUCCCGUUAUCCUGUUGAUGUGUUUGUCCGGUAAUAUGUUCUCUGAGAUAGUCACUCCCAAAUCUUUUUCCUCCACUCCUCUGCAUAUUAUCUCACAUCCCGUCUUAUAAUCAUAUUCACAUCUUCUACCACUCCUACCAAACUCCAAAUUUUUUACAUUUCCCAAGUUUGAACUCCAUCUGCCAUGUACCACUCCACUCCCAUAUUCUAUCCAGGUCCCUCUGCAAUGCCUCGCAGUCCUUCACAUCAUUGACUCGUCUCAAUAGCUUUGCAUCAUCUGCAGUCUCAAUAGCUUUGCAUCAUCUGCAAACAAGCUCACAUAGCUGGACACUCCAUCCACCAUAUUUAUAUAAACAGCAGACAUUAUUGGUGCCAACACUGAACCUUGUGGGACCCCACUCCUCACUCGGCACCAGUUGGAAACCCUGUCCCUGAUUAUUGUCCUCAUUUCCCUGUUAGUUAGGAAGUCCUCCGGCCACUUAGUCAGUCCAUCACCCACUCCACCCACAUUUUUAAUUUUCCAAAUUGGUCUUCUGUUCGGUACUUUGUCAUAUGUUUUAUUCAAAUCCAGGUACACUCCAUCCCCCCAGCCUUCUCUCUCCUGUAUUAAAUCUGUCACCCUUGAGUAGUAACACAACAAGUUGGUGAUGCAAGAUCUCCUUCUCCUGAAUCCAGACUGGCAAUCUGAGAUAAUUUUCUCACUUUCUAAGAAAUCCGACCACCUGUUUUUAACGUCUUUCACGUAUAUUCGCAACCACACUGGUGAAUGAUACCGGUCUGUAAUUCAGUGGGUCCUCUCUCUUGCCUCCCUUAAAAAUCAGUACUAUGUUUGCUCUCUUCCAAUCUUGUGGUACCCUUCCUUCACUCGGAGGCACUCAUUAUGGAGUGCAGUUUCUCUGCAAGCUGCUCACUAUAUUCUUUCAGGAUCCACCCUGAUACUUCAUCAGGCCCUGUCGCCUUUCUUACAUCCAGCUUGUUCAAGCUUUCCUUGACCUCCUGAACCGUUAGCUGUAUCUCCUGCAUAACCCUUCCUCUUUCCUGGCCUGUUGGUUGUACAAAUUCUUCUUCUUUUGUGAAAACUCUAUGGAAGCUGUUGUUCAUCACCUCUGCCAUCUCUGCUGGGUCCUCAUAUGUGGUUUCAUCCAUUUUCAGUUUAUCGAUUUUUUCUUUAUUCUUUAAUUUGCCGUUCAUAUGUCUAUAGAACAGUUUGGGUUGGUCUUUGCACUUGUCGAUUAUGUGUUUUUCAUAUUUAAUUUUUUCUUCUCUUCUAAUGUCUGUAUAUUUGUUCCUUGCUCGUUUGAAAUUGUUCCAUGAGUUGAUUCUUCUUCGUCUCCUCCAUCCCAUCCAAGCUUCCUCCUUUCUCUUUCUAGCUGUUUCGCAUCUUUUGUUAAACCACUUCUUUUUACCAACAUCCUUUUAGGUUACCAUGGGGACAUCUAUUUUUGGCUUCCUUGUAUAGCUUUAAAAACUCCUCCCACUUAUCCUGUGUACUUUUGGCUUUGUACAGCCCACUCCAAUUUGCAUUUUCAAAAAAGGUUCUCAUGCUAACAAGUCUGGCUUCUCCCAAUUUUGUGAUCCUCUUUUCGGUCAAUCGUUCUCUUUUCUGAUACUUCAAAUUCCACAACCGCUUGGUCACUCUUCGCUAUUGGACAAUCUACUUUAAGAUUUUCUAUUACUUCCGGCUCCAUACCAAAUACCAGGUCUAGUCUUGAUGCCUCACCUUCUUUCCCGAAUCUGGUAUGUUACUUGAUCACUGAGUCAGCACAUGUUCCAUUGCCAGUUGCAGGAGUCUUCCUCCCCACAACUCGUCUGCUUCCUGCGUCUGCUAAUCCACUUAUUCCACCUCCUUGCAGUUGAAAUCGCCCAUUAUAAUUAUUCUUUCACACUCCCUCAACAUUCCAUCCAGGCAACUUAUCGUGUCUUGUAUCAUUUGUUCAUAUUCACACAACUCCCAUGCGCUUGUUCUUGGGGCACCUACCCUACUACAUACUCCCUCCUUCUUCCUUCAGCACCCACAAUUUUCACUGUCAACACCUCUGCCAAGCCUUCACCCUCAAUCACCUCCUCCACCCUAAUGCCUUUCCUUACCAUCAACAUCACCCCUCCUCCCUGUUUUAUCUUUCUGUCUCUCCUCCAUAUGUUAUAUGCACCUUCUCCAAUCCCCACCACCUCAACUGAGUCACACAACUUAGUUUCCAUCAGCCCCACAAUAUCAGGUUCUUUGUCUCUGAAAUUGCUGUUAAACUCUAUCCACGAUGAAACUAUUCCAUUAAUAUUUGUAUAUGUCACUUACCACCCUUGCUCCUUUUCUGUUAGUUUCGUUCCCUCCUUCCUCUCGUCACCAUGAACCACUUCCUCACUUUCAUAUCCAUUACUCUCCAAAAUAACUCCCUCUUCUCUUCUCUCGAUCUCUUUCAUUUAAAUCACGAACCUCACCUCUAAAUUCAUUCAACUUAACUCUCUUGUUCAUUCAGAUCUAUUCUCAGCCACAUCAUUUUGGUGUCUUCUCCUGCCAGCUUCCAAGCUCCUGCCAGGGCCUCUUCUGCUUCACUCUGUGCCUUAAAUCAUAUUCUAAUUGGUCUAUCUCUUUCGUCAUUGUAUUUUACAAUUCUAUGCCAGUCAUCUGUUUCUUUCACUAGGUCACUUCCCUCUUGUAUCCUUUGCAUGACCAUCUCCACUGCAUCUCUCAACCUGUUCUCUCUCACAGCUUUGCCCGAGGUCUUGUCCUCCUUGACGCCAAACAGAAUGACGCUCUUCUUUUUGUCAACCGUGCCUCUUACCAGUGCCUCAUUUUUUUUUAUCACCUUCACCUCCUCCUCAGCCAUCUUCUCUUCCAGCUGCUCUUCUACUAUCUCUUUAAAGCUCUGCACACUCCCCCUCUGCAUCAUCUCUGCACCACCGUCAACUUUCUGUUCCAACUUCUUAACUCUCGCUCCACUUCCACUUUUUCAUAAUUUUGCUUCUCCUCCCUCCUCUCUCUCCCUUCUCAAUUCACUCACCAUCUUCAUCACCACUUCAAAAUCACUCUCCAACCCUUUCACUCUUCUCUGCAAUAAUCUAUUCUGCAGCUCACUGUUAUUUUCCUCUAAUCCAGAGAAGUCUGCUGAAUGCCACUGUAGUCGUAAUGGCGGCGUAAACAAACACCGCACCUCACUCGUCUCCUUCUCGGUACGGUUUUCUAUAUUCGCCUUUCUUAAUCCACUAACACUUUCCUCCAGCCUUCUGCACCCCUCCUCCCAACCUCCAACCGGAACAGCGCCAGCAAUGCCCCUCCCCCGUAUGUCAGAUUUUAGGUAAGAUAGGUAAAAUAUCCUUUGGGAGCUCCAUCCUCCCACGUUCACACGCAACGGUGGUGUGGGUGUGUGGGUGUAUUUACCUAGUUAUAGUUUUACAGGGUCUGGGGGUCCCGUCUCCGUAUCUACAUUUAUCCAACUUUUCUUUAAAGCUUUGCACUCUCCUCGCUGAUACUACAUCCCCAAUUUUUUACUAUGUCCUCGUGUGUGUGUGUGUGUGUGUGUGAUCCUCUUUGGACAGGGCAAACUGUUGAAUGUUUUCCUCAGACUAAUCUGCUCCCUUUUCCAUUCCUUGCACCCCAUCAUUGCUGUUUGUUACGGAAUGAAGGGUUUUCUUGUGUGUGUGUGUGUGUGUGUGUGUGUCCUUCUGUAUGCAGACAUAUACAAGAAACACAUGCAUGCUGAUAGACAUACUUUUUUUCUCAUAUUUUAGGUAAAUUCUUUUGCUCUGCUUAUUCUCAUUCUUUCAAGUUGCCAGUCAGUCCCUUCUUCUAGCUCUCUUGUAAUUUAUUUCCCAUCUUUUCCUGGUAUUGUAUCCUUUAGCUUAGUCUAUUCUCCUAGUUUUGCCUUUCCUUUAACCAUCUCUAUCUAUUGCAUCUGUCAUCCUGUCUUCUAGGCCUAGGGAUUGAGCAGAUAUUUUCAGUUUGUCAAAGCAUAAAUGCACUUGCCCAUAGAGACGCCCUUCUUCAGUAAGUUUGGGGGCUUCGUGGUGCAGUGGUUAGCACACUCGGCUCACAACCGAGAGAGCCCGGGUUCGAUUCCCAGGCGGAGUGGAAAAAUUUGGGCGGCUUUUCUGAUACCCUAUGCCCCUGUCCACCCAGCAGUGAAUGGGUACCAGGUAUUAAUUGGGGGUUGUAUCCCGUCUCCUGGGAUCUGUUCCCUUCUAUAAUUCCUUCCCCCCUCUGUCUCUCUCCGGUAUAUGACCACAGAUGUUGCGCCGACUAAACGAAACUUUCCAACUUCAGAAAGUUUGCUGCCUGCUGCUUGGUUGAAUACAUGAUGUUGGAAUGGCAUCAUUGUAUUUUGAAUAACUGCUGGGUAAUGGGAAUCAAAACUUAUUUACUAACUCAAGUUUCUCACUGAUGUGUCAUGCCAAUAGAAAGUGAUAAUGAAUUAGGGGAUUAUGAAGUAAUGGGCAGAUAAGUUGUGAUUUGUUAAUGUUAACCAGUCACUCGAGUCAGCAGGAGGCAUGUUUAGGAUGUACACUACUUUAUAUUUAGUUUUUCACUUGUUUUAACACAGAUUAGUAAAUAGUAUCUAUGAACGUAAUUGCUUUUAUUAGUUUCAUAAAUACAGAUGGGGAAUACCGUAGUGUAUAGCCUUAUCUAAUGUACUGUCACUAUUGUGCCCUACUGGAUAGCCUGCUUGAUACAAAGCGUACAGUUUAUAUUCACACUGAUUUAACCUUGUAGCAGCGACGGGCCAAAUUUGUGCCAUGAUAUAAACCCCCAAAAUAGAUGAUACAUAAUCUGAUCACAAAUGCUUUGAUAUAUAUUAUGAAAUGGUUUGUGUGAGGGGUGAUUUUUUCUCAUUUUUCUCGCUUGGAGGGACCGUUAAGAAACAUGAUCCCUGCUGCUAUUGGGUUAAUAAUUUUUUCCAGAAGAUCUAAUGUAUUACCAAUAAAUUGUGGAAUGGA